GACCAUUUGGAUAAAACCAAUUUUGUCACUCGGAGACAGCCUCGAGACUCGGAGUAGACUAACUAUUCUCAACCACCUUCGAAACACCCUCGUCCAUCCUGAUCAACAUACACACAUCAACCCCGCUAUCAAGUGCUGAAUAAACCGCAUCUAACCCAUCGGAAUUUCAUCAGCCCCCCCACCUUUCUCCGCCACUGAAUCUCCAUUACUAUCCAUAGCGCAAUGUCCUCUAUUCUCCGCAAACUCCAGGGGGGCAACCUCGAAGUCUUCAAGUUCGGAACGUAUGUCCUUUUCCCCAUCGGCUGGAUGUACUACUUCGGCACGAACCUCGAUGAGCGCUUCACUGUCCACGGCUUCUGGCCCACCGCCGAACAAUCGCACAAGAUCCCGCUCGAGAAGGAGGAGAUUGAUCGCGAAUUGAACCGCAUGCGCAUGGCCGAUGCUGUUCGGCGCGAGCGGAGACAGAGGCAGGCGGAGGCGGAGGCACAGCAAGCUCAAGUGCAGACGCAGUCAUCGAGCGCGGAGUAAAGGAAUUGGCUUGGUAUCAUGGAAAUCUGCUCAUCAAGUAUCCGGAAGCGACAAUUCCGGUGUGGCAGCAAUGCUUAUGGGGACGUCUGCUCCGAUAAGGGAGGUACGUGGCACAUGUACUAUGUUUUGGCGGGUAUAUUUGGGGUUUUCUUUUCGUUGUACAAUAAUCUUCUUUGAGCAUGACCGGAGUUUUUCUGUCCUUCUUCCGUUUCUUUGUAUCUUACAUGGGAGUUCAUAGUGACAGAACAAGAUACGAU